AUAAGAUUUGACCAUUACAGUGAUUAGGUUUUUUUGUUUAAUAUACGUUAAAGGUCGAUGACUUUUGACCUACAGAUAAUUACUUCACGUCAAGUAAAGUUUACGUUCAUUUCGAAGCUAAAAGUCGUGAGUGGUAUAACGUAUUGAAGCAUGGCGUCCAUAGAUUAUUCUACUGUUGAAAUAAAAGAGAAGCCGUUAUUUACACCACCCUUGGAGGAAAUAGUGGAAGUGCUCUCCCGCAGUCUACCGUCCACUUUUGAAUAUGUGAGCGUGACGGCCGAGGAGACGCCCGACCUCACGCAACCUCCGUACAACCUCAUGGCACCAGGGCUGACCGGCGAUGCGAAGCUGGUGGAGCUGGGCGGCCCGCCGUACCUGGUGCCGCUCGUGCGGCGCGACAAGCUGUACGACCUGGCGGCGCUGCUGCGCCACCUGCGCCGCGACCCCGCGCUGCUCGUGGGCGCCGGCGCCGGGCCCUGGCCCCACGCGGGGACCAACUGCGAGGGCAUCAUUAACCUGAAGAUGGAGGGAGGAGCGGUCCGCCAGGGCUCGCGCAUCGUGAGCGUGCAGGGGGACGGCUACCGGCAGGAGCAGCUCCCCGACACGGAGACUCGCACCGCCUUGCUUGGGAACUAUCUGCUGUCGGAAGGAAAGCCUGGCAAGGUCAUAAAAGUAGUGGCCAAGAAACGCAUCGGAGAAUCGAACUUCAUCACCGCCAUCAGAGAAGCUCUUAAAAAUCACUACGGCGAGAAGGUAGUCGGGCUGGGCGGCGCCUUCGUGCUGCGCGCGGGCGCGGCGCGGCUGCACGUGAUGCCCGACUUCUCCGCCGGCGCGCUGCGCAGCGACGCCGACGUGGAGCGCUGGCUGCGCUUCUUCGACAUGCGCGCGCCGCUCUCGCACGUCGGCACGCUCGUCACCGGCGACCUGGGCCUGGACCUGCGCGUGCAGCACUUCCACGGGUUCGGCCCGCACGGCGACGGCGGCCACUACCACUACGACACGACGCCCGAGCUCGUGCACUACGAGGGAUACUUCGCGCUCGCGCAGACCGUCGUGCGCAUCGACGCGCCGAAGGAGACGCACCACAUCGGCCGCGACUGACCGACGGCACUCGCCGCUUUAAGUAUGGUUUAAAAGUCACCGUAGUUUAAACUUAAUUUGUAUUGUUUUGUUUUAUAU